AUGCGACUAGUUUAGCACAAAAUUGUUUUUCGUUAAAACUCGCUCGCUCUCAAUUAAAGACGUUUCUGGACUGAACUCUGAAGAGGGAAGAAAACGAUGUAUAUAUAUGGAAAAAACGGUGAAGACGUAAAGUGAGCAUAAUAAUAAGUUUAACAAGUCUCCCUUGCGGCUCUUCUCAUCUUCUUCUUCACAGAAAUGGAUUACUUGAAGACGGUAAUUCCUUCUCAGCUCGUCGCCGACCGAGGCUCCAAUUUAGUAGUCAUCAAUCCAGGCUCUGCAAAUAUCAGAAUAGGAUUAGCUCCACAAGAUGCUCCCUUAAAUAUUCCUCACUGCAUUGCUCGUUACACCAAUCAACGUCCCAAAUUCAAUCUCCAAGACCAGAUGCUGAAUUCUCAGGUCACAACAGCACAGCACAUGGAACGCGAGAAGGCUUAUGAUACAAUAGCGUCGUUAUUGAAGAUACCUUUUCUAGAUGAAGAGGUUGCGAACAAUUCGUUCCCGCGCAAGAUAGGGCGUGCUGAUGGAUACAAUCCACAGAGUGGCAGGAGUGUGGCUUUUCAGUGGGCUAAUGUAUACGAGCAGGACGCAGGUUCCUCUUUGGCAUUAGGAACAUCAAAAAGUAAAGGUAUAACUGGUGAAUCUGUGGAGAAGCAUGAAGGCACUGGUGCUGAGGAGAUAUAUUCUGGGAACCACAAAUUCAGAGGACACAUUUUUGGUGAAGAAGCACUUAGAAUCUCCCCAACAGAGCCAUACUGCUUAAGCCGUCCUAUUCGCAGAGGUCAUUUCAACAUUUCACAACAUUAUCCUUUGCAGCAGGUGCUUGAGGACAUGCAUGCUAUUUGGGAUUGGAUAUUGAUAGAGAAACUGCACAUCCCUCACUCAGAAAGAAACAUGUAUUCUGCAGUUCUUGUUUUGCCAGAAACAUUUGAUAAUCGCGAAAUAAAGGAAAUGUUGUCUAUAGCAUUACGUGACUUGCGCUUUAGCUCAGCAGUAGUACACCAGGAAGGUCUUGCUGCAGUUUUUGGGAAUGGGUUAUCAACGGCAUGCAUAGUUAAUAUGGGUGCUCAGGUGACAUCUGUAGUUUGCAUUGAGGAUGGAGUGGCUUUACCUAAUACGGAAAAGACUUUGCCUUUUGGUGGAGAGGAUAUAUCAAGAUGCCUUCUCUGGACCCAGAGGCAUCAUCAGACAUGGCCCCAAAUUCGGACUGACAUGUUGACAAAGCCUAUAGAUUUGUUGAUGCUUAAUAGACUGAAAGAGUCCUAUUGUGGAAUCAAGGAGGGGGAGCUUGAUGCUGUUGCUGUAGUUCAUUCUUACGAGGAUGGCAUGCCUGCUGGAUCUCACAAAACUCGACUAACUGCUCUUAAUGUGCCUCCCAUGGGUCUGUUCUACCCCACGCUUUUAAUUCCAGAUAUAUAUCCACCACCACCUCGUUCUUGGUUCCAUGACUAUGAGAAUAUGCUAGAAGACACAUUGCAUAUGGAAUAUUCUAGAAGGCCUGACAUGUCAGAUGGUUUAUUUCCUGGCAUUAGUGUUGGAUAUCCAAUGUGGGAGAGCUAUCCAAUUUUUUCUUCUAAGCCAAAGAAAGAAGAGAAGGUUGGCCUUGCUGAAGCUAUCACUAGUAGCAUUCUUUCCACUGGUCGUAUAGACCUCCAGAGAAAGUUGUUUUGCAGCAUACAAUUGAUUGGUGGAGUGGCUUUGACAGCUGGUGUUAUUCCUGCUGUGGAGGAAAGAGUUUUACAUGCAAUUCCCCCAAAUGAAGCAAUUGAUACUGUUGAGGUUCUACAGUCAAGAACAAAUCCAACUUUUGUGCCUUGGAAAGGCGGAGCAAUCCUUGGAAUUCUUGAUUUUGGUCGCGAUGCAUGGAUUUACCGGGAGGAUUGGAUUCACAAUGGGAUCCAUUUUCGAAGUGGCAGAAAAUACAAGGACUCUUACUAUCUUCAAGCACAAGCAACAUGUUACAUAAACUCUUAGAAGGUGACAGGAAGUACACACUCUGAUUUAUAAUUAGAACUACUGUAAAACAAAUUCUAGUAUGGUGAAAGCAUUUAAAUUUUCAUUUGGGGGGAAGCCGAAAUGAUAAUUAGGAAGUCCAUUUCCUUUUCCUUUUUUUUUUAAUUUCUUUCCUUUUUGCAUGUCAUCUAGUGAAUUCGGAUAGCAUUUACAUUUUAUUUCUAUGUUAGAGACUGAGCUUGGGUGGUUUGACACUUC